AUGCGGCUGAUCGACGUGAAAUCCCCCCCGCCAGCCUCCGGCGGCAUAACCACCUUGCACUACCCGUCCGGCUACCCUAUUUCCCGCCGCCCCCCUGUCUUCUUAUGCCCCUCUCCUGGGCCUGAUCCGUACCGCCCACACCAAAACCACGCCUCCCACCACCACCGAAUGGGCGGAACGACGCAUCGAUUGGGCGGAGCCUCCCAUCACCUCUACGAAGAGCUGUCGGAGCCGGCGGAUGACGAUAUGAGUGAUCCGCCUCUGUCGGAGGAUGACUUCGCUGAGGAUGAGCUGAGUUUGGCCGGCGAAGCAGAUGGGAGGAGACUGGACGGACCGCCCCCUCCGCCGUACAGAGAAGAGGAUGAGUUGGUUAUGGAUGCCGGUGGGGUGAUCAGGAGGGAUGUAGGCAGCGUGGAGCCCCCAGGUGUGAACAACCAAAACCUCCAAACCCAAACUGCAAACCGUCGGGUGAUACCCAGCAUAACCCAUCGUCUGCAAUGCAUGGGCCAAGCGCCAUCUGCAGUCGGUCCGUACGAAUCAGUACCCGUCAUUGGCCACCACUUGGCCACAUUUAGGCCACUCAGCAAUCACAACCAUAAGCCAUACUCGCAUGACUCUGCAAUAGGGUCUGAUAGCGGUUAUAGCAACCAUACAGGGGGGACCAGGUAGUUGGAACCUAACUAGCAUUUGGACGGGAGUAAGAGUUUGUAUUUGUAGUAUUUGGCUUGAAUGAUCCUAAAAAUAGUCUUAUCAUUAAAAGAUAUGCAAAUCAGAUAAGAUCAGAACGAACUAAAGCUCGAUUAUAGAUCGAAUUAACCUCGUACAUGCAUGCAUAGAUUAUAAAUAAAUGUGCAAGAAAAAUCGAGCAAGGUAGCAACGUUUCCGAGAUAAUGGAUCGAGAAGUUAGAUAAAAAAAUUACGUCCGUUCUAUUGUCUAUCAGUUGAUAUCCAAUUUUUUUGUAUUGUAAUAAAAUUCAGAAUGACGUAUACCUGUAUGUUUUGUUGCCUAUACUAGGUGUUUUAGCACUUAUACUCCAGAAAACCAUACCUCGUCUGACUUCCAACUUCAAAAUUUCAGAAACCUUGCUGCUUAGCGCGACAUCUUUUGUGACAGUAUUUUAUAUUGUCUGCUUUUAGGAACAUCCACAACAAAUAUUCCAAAUACGAGUAUUUUACCCCGCCAUUGCUAGAAAUGCUACCUUAUUUUGUCAGUAUAUUCAAUGAUUCAUAUAACUUUAAAUUUUACAGGGAAAAAUAAUAGUUAUGUACCAUUCUACUAUCUUAAUACCACGGUCAUUUGUAACAUGCCAGCAAUAUCGACAUUACGUGUUAUAUAUACAUAUAUAUAUGUAUAAUCAUUGGAAAGCGAUAUUAAAGGUUUCACGUUACAAGUCAAACAUAC